GACCUCUAUAUCCUAAUAGUUACAGGCUUAACCUUAAAGAAUGAGGAGAAACGAAGGAGAUGCUUCAGAGUAGAGAAGUGUGUUUUCUUUCUGAUGUCAUUGUUGAUCCGAGCCAAAAUCUUAAGAUAAAAAAGCCAUCUUCUCUCUUUGAAUCGAAGAACAUCUUUCCACGUCGCAGGGAUGUAUACUAGCCCGGGAACCCAGCCUGGGGUGCCAAGGCCCCCUGUAAACCCUCAACCUAAUCCAUUUGGAAAUGCUUUCUAUGGAGCUGGUUCAGAAUUCAUUCGAAGUGGACUGGGUGCAUAUGGAGAGAGAAUCUUGGGCUCAAGUUCUGAGUAUGUGCAAAGCAAUAUAAGCAGGUAUUUCUCUGAUCCCCAAUACUAUUUUCAAGUGAAUGACCAGUACGUGAGGAACAAAUUGAAGGUCAUCCUAUUUCCUUUCCUAUACAGAGGACACUGGACAAGGAUAACUGAACCAGUUGGAGGUCGGCUCUCCUACAAACCACCGAUUUAUGACAUCAAUGCUCCAGACUUAUACAUUCCCUUCAUGGCCUUUGGUACCUAUGUGGUUCUUGCUGGUUUCUUAAUGGGUCUUCUUGGGAAGUUUAGCCCAGAAGCCCUAAGUCUACUUUUCACAUGGGGACUAGGUGGUUGGUUUGCACAAGUUUUGGUUCUUAAAUUAAUGCUGUAUACAUUAGGAAGUGGAGAAGCCCCAUUGCUGGACAUCGUGGCAUAUGGAGGGUAUGCUUUUGCAGGGAUUUGUGUGACUAUUCUUGGAAGGAUCAUCUGGAGCUACUCUUACUAUUUCCUGAUGGCAUGGACAAGCUUGUCCAUGGGAGCUUUCUUGGUGAAGACAAUGAAGAGAGUUCUGUUUGCAGAGGUGAGGAGUCAUGUUUCAAGCAUGCAUAACUAUUGCUUGCUCAUACUGGCGGUUGCUCAAAUCCCAUUGUCUGUUUACCUAGGCUGGAUCUAGGCUUGAAUCUGGCUUUAGUGCUCUUGUUUAUCCUGUGCAAGUGAUGUUCAUGUUGUAGUUUGUAACAGUGCUCUAUUCAUUAAUGCGUUGAUGGUUGUUUAGCUUUCUGGUUUAUUUGGCCCGGGUAUGGAUUCUGGAUUCGAUGUAUUGAUUGGUACUGGGUUUAUCAGUGCUUUUGGUCC